ACGCCGACCUCUGCCCUGUUCUCGGCCUCGCCGCGGUCCGAGCCCCUCGUCGACGUCUUCAAGGCGUACCACGCCCUCCUCCUCCCGUACUACGCCUCUCUCAAGACGCACACGACGUCGUCGCUCGUCUUCACGGCGACGGCGCCCGCCCUGAGCCCGAUGCAGCGCGCGCGCCUCCUCGCGACCCUCGCGCGCUUCUGCCACGCGCUCGUCGCCCCGACGCGCUCGCUCCCGCAGCGCCUCGGCACCCUGCGCAACGUCCAGUCGGCCAUGGACUUUUUCGAGUCGACCUUGCUCGCCGAGUUUGAGCGCGCCGACGCCGCUGCGCCGGCCGACAGGGACGAGGACGCGAUGAGGGACCGCGCGAGCGUCAUGUGGGAGGUCAACCAGAGCCAGACGGUCGCCCAGGUGUUUGUUCAGAAGCGCGAGACGCUCUUUGGCGCCGGGCACGACCCUUUGCGCAACCUCACCAAGAUCGAGACGCCGUCGGGCGGCGAGGCGGACGGCAUCGACUUUUCGGCCAUGGACCUGUUCAUGUCGUCGGUCCUCGACAUCCUCCGGCGCGAGGGCUCGCUCAUCGCGCGCGUCUUCCCGCCUCAAGCCGACGUCCUCCUCUACUUCCUCGAGCGCAUCGCCAACGACGUCGUGUCGGACUACAUCACGACGCUCCUCUCGGCGGCGCAGCCGCUGCAGAACCCGCUCUUCCUCCUCGCGACGGCGGCCACGUUCGGCCAGGUGUACCGCCUCGUCGACUGCGUGCUCGACAUCGAGCCGCGCAACGCGGCCGGGCUCGUCACCAAGGAGCGCGCCGAGGACAUCGUCUUCAGGGUGUUUGAGCCCCUCAUGGACGACUACCUCGCCGAGGAGGGCGAGUGGAUCCGCGAGGUGCUCGAGGGCGUGUGCGACGAGUGGGACCGCAAGCCUCACCAGACGGCAUCCGCGCUCGCCCUCUCGGACCCGACCUUCCUCGCGUCGCACAACCCGGCCCAGGUCAAGAAGAACGUGCUCGCCGGCUUUACAAAAGUCCUCCUCCUCCCCGUCACCAUCAUCCCCAAGACGGCCAUGUUUGGCGUCAACGCCAUCACGUACGGCGGCACGGCCGUCAUCGACACGUUUGCGCACCUCGGGACUCAGCUGUCGGGCGCGGCGGGCGGCGGCAGCGGCGGCGGCGGUGGGGGAGGAGGAGGAGGGAGCGGGUCUCGGACGCCCUCGGCGGCGACGAGGACGGUUUCGGCGACGGCGACGGCGGCAGCGGCGGGCGAGUCGUCGGCGGCCGCGUGGGGUGGCGAGGCGGCGAGCGCGCCGCGCCUCUCGGUCGACGCGAGCGGCGUCAUCUCGGUUUCGGACGGCUCCACCACCACCGCCGCAGCCGGUGCCGCAUCGUCGUCGUCGUCGUCGCUCGAGGCGGCAGCAGAACCGAGUGCGCCUCGAGCGCCCGGGCGCUUCGACCGCCUGCAGCUCCUCCUGUCGCUCGACACGGCGCUCCAGCUCCUCCAGGCCGACCGCGACUCGCUCAAGCGCAUCCAGACGUUCCUGCGCUUCCCGGGCACGUACGGCCGCAAGGUGCACGACGCGAUCGAGGAGGUCUUUAUCGUCCUGCUCCAGGUCCUCAACGAGAAGCACGUCGGCCCGGCGUUCGACAAGGCGCGGCGGCAGAUGGAGACGUACAAGCCCGAGGAGCACGACGGCGACACGAGCGGCGGCGGGAGCGUCGCGCCGCUCGUCCAGUUCUUCGAGCUCGUCCACAUCGGCGACACGAUCCAGCAGAUGGUCGACGUCUACUACGAGAAGGAGAUGGCGGCCUACAUCGACCGGCGCGACUUUCUCAACGUCGUCGUGCGCGAGAAGAAGCGGUUCGAGGCCUCGCUCGACGACGCCGUCGCCCAAGGGCUCAACGCGGCCGUCAACAUCCUCAUGUCGCAGGUCGAGCACCUCGUCACGUCGCGCCAAGGCCUGCGCGACUUUACGCCCGACGACGGCGACGACUUUGACCUGUCGCCGACGAGGGCGUGUCGAGAUGCCGUCGCCGUCCUGAGGCAGCACUGCGACAUGCUCAAGGGCAGCACCGACAAGCACAUCCUCGAGGUCUUCAACCAGGAGGUCGGCAUCCGGCUUUUCGGCAUUCUCCUCAAGCACCUCAAGCGCCAGAUCGUGUCGACGUCGGGCGGCCUGCAGCUCAUCGCCGACCUGAACGCGUACCACGCCUUUGUCACGUCGCUCCGCCAGCCGCCCGUCACGGCCUACUUCACGAGCCUCAAGAUGGUCGGCGAGAUCUACCUCGUCGACUCGCCCAAGGACCUCGGCGCGCUCGUGAGGGACACGAGCCGGUACGAGGGCGUGCUGAGCCCGGAGGACCUGUACGAGCUCGUGCAACGUCGCGCCGACUGGAAGCGCAUCGAGCGCGACGUCGACAAGGCGCUGUUCGGGUUCAAGGUCGCCGACGACUGCGUCGUGUCGUGACGUCCUCUCCCUCCUCUCUCUCCCUCUCUGUAUCAUCAGCAGUACCCUCCCCCGCAGUCGUUCCCAUUUCGUUAGCGGUAUCGAGCAUGGCAACGAGUUCAUCGUC